UAAAAUGGCGACGGCGACUUCGCCACCAUCUGGGCAGCAACCUCAGGCGGCGAUGGCUGCCGCGGCGACGGUGACACCACCGCAGACGGCGGCUGGAGGGUUUGGCAAUGCGUCGCUUUAUGUGGGCGAUCUGGACUCCACCGUGAAUGAAGGACAGCUUUACGAUCUGUUCAACCAGGUCGGCCAAGUCGUUUCGGUCAGGGUUUGUAGAGAUCAGACCAGAAGAGCCUCGCUCGGAUACGCUUACGUCAAUUACAGCAACGCUCAAGAUGCUACUAAUGCCAUGGAGCUUUUGAAUUUCACACCUAUAAAUGGGAAACCUAUCAGGAUAAUGUUUUCUCAUCGAGAUCCUAGUAUACGGAAAAGUGGAUAUGCUAAUGUAUUCAUAAAGAAUUUGGACACAUCCAUUGACAACAAGGCACUGCAUGACACUUUUGCUGCCUUCGGGACUGUUCUUUCCUGCAAGGUAGCCAUUGAUAGCAAUGGACAAUCAAAGGGGUAUGGUUUUGUUCAGUUUGAUCAGGAGGAAGCUGCAUCUAUAGCAAUUAAACGGUUAAAUGGCAUGUUGAUAAAUGAUAAACAAGUUUAUGUUGGCCUUUUUGUCCGUCGACAAGAACGGAAUCAAGCAAAUGGAUCGCCAAAGUUUACUAAUGUUUAUGUCAAAAAUUUCUGUGAAACAACUACUGAUGAGGACCUUAAGGAAAUAUUUGGAAAGUAUGGGUCCAUUACCAGUGCAAUUGUUAUGAGGGAUGCAAAUGGGAAGUCCAGAUGUUUUGGUUUUGUAAACUUUCAUAACCCAGAUGCUGCUAAUGCUGCGGUUGAGAACUUGAAUGGGGCCUCUUUCAAUGAUGACAAGGUUUUGUAUGUUGGAAGGGCUCAAAGGAAAUCAGAAAGGGAGGCAGAAUUGAAAUCAAAAUUUGAACAGGAAAGAAACAGUAGAUUGGAAAAGUUGCAAGGUGCUAAUUUAUAUCUUAAAAAUCUUGAUGACACCAUAAAUGAUGACAAACUGAAGGAGUUAUUCUCUGAGUUUGGUACUAUAACAUCUUGCAAGGUCAUGCUUGAUCCACAAGGGGUGAGCAAGGGAUCUGGUUUUGUGGCCUUUUCUACACCAGAUGAAGCUACAAGAGCAUUGACUGAAAUGAAUGGGAAGAUGAUUGAACGGAAACCAUUGUAUGUUGCUGUGGCCCAGCGCAGAGAAGAAAGGAGGGCUCAACUGCAGGCGCAUUUUGCUCAAAUAAGGGCACCUUUGCCCACAGGAAUGCAUGGAUUUCACCAUGGGGCACCUAGGCUUGCUCCUCAGCAGCUAUAUUUUGGCCAAGGUACUGCUGGCCUGCUAUCCCCUCAGCCUGCUGGCUAUGGCUUCCAGCAGCAACUCUUGCCUGGAAUUCGCCCAGGUGCUGCUCCGAACUUUGUUAUGCCGUACCAACUUCAGAGGCAAGGACAACCUGGGCAUCGGGUGGGUGCAAGAAGAGGUGGAAAUGCUCAGCAGAUGCAGCAACAACAGUUGCAUCGCAACUCAAACCAAUGCUUCAGAUAUGUGCCCAGUGCUCGAAAUGGUAGAGACCCAUCUAUGCUUCCUCAGGGUCUUGUAGGUCGAAUGAUGCCAUUGCCUCUUGAUGCUUCGGGGUUGCCAGCUACUCCAUUGGAUGUCCAGCGGUCUAGCCCACUGUCGAUAUCAACACUUGCUUCUGCUUUGGCUUCUGCUACUCCAGAAAAUCAGCGUUUGAUGCUUGGGGAACAACUAUUUCCUCUUGUGGAGCAUCUCGAACAUGAUCAUGCAGGAAAAGUUACUGGCAUGUUGCUGGAGAUGGACCAAACAGAGGUACUCCAUCUCAUUGAGUCUCCACAUGCUUUGAAGAAGAAAGUUGGCGAGGCUAUGGAUGUCCUUCGUUUAUCAGGAUCGGAUGUUGGUGAUCAGCUCAGUUCAUUGUCCCUAAAUGAAUAAAGGGAGCCAAUUCUGGUCGGUAAAUACAUUUUUUGAUUUGAGCAUCUGCGAGCCCAUUUUUUUUUUUUUUUUAUAGGGCUUUAUGAGCCAUCAUUGUUUGCGGGGGUUUCAUUUUAUACUAACUGUCUAAUUUAUUAGAAUCUGUUUCACUGGGAAAUUGAUUGCUGAAAUUCUUUUUAGGCUUCUGACAGUGUGGAGGGAUAUUUUUUUUUUCAGUUUAUUUAGACUCUUUGCCAUUUGACUUCAGUUUUGAAUUUGAUUGAGAAUUCUUUGAACUUAUAUAGUUUUCUUCUGAUUCUUUUAUCAUUAUCCAUUACUGUUUUGUUUUAUUAUUUAGCAGAAGAUUUGGUUUUUGUUUUUAAUUUAAAUCGUCUUAAGAAGCAAAGAAUGUAAUUUCAAUUUAACGAGGACUUUUACCUCUACCAUACACACGUCUUUGCUCUUUGCCUUUCCACUGGUUUUUAUAGAAAAAUAAAU